AUGGCUACCAAUGGCGAAGCUCGGCCCAAACGAAGAAACAGUCCAAUAUCCGCACUUGAGAGGCCCAAGAAACAGCUGAAGCAGGAGAACGGUGUCCCAACACCUGGAGAUGCAACGCCGCAGAACGGCUCGGUCUACGAUAUUGAGGCAGAAGCCAGUUCGGUUCCCAUAAUCAACGCUGUGUCAGCCGCGGGCGAUUCACCAGAAUGGCAGGCGACAAUAGAAAAGGUCAUCAAGAGUGUAGUGUCUAUACAUUUCUGUCAGACUUGUUCAUUUGACACCGACCUGUCCACUUCCAGCCAGGCCACUGGAUUUGUCGUGGACGCAGAGAACGGGUACAUCCUGACCAACCGUCAUGUGGUGUGUUCUGGGCCAUUUUGGGGUUAUUGUGUCUUUGACAACCAUGAAGAAUGCGACGUCCGGCCGGUCUACCGUGACCCAGUCCACGAUUUCGGAAUUCUGAAGUUCGACCCCAAGGCAAUCAAGUACAUGCAUUUGCAGGCGCUCAAGCUCCAGCCAGAAUCUGCGAAAGUAGGGGUUGAAAUCAGGGUGGUUGGAAACGAUGCCGGUGAAAAGCUCAGCAUUCUGUCCGGCGUCAUCAGUCGAUUAGACCGGAAUGCUCCAGAAUACGGCGAAGGAUACUCCGACUUCAACACAAACUACAUUCAGGCGGCUGCGGCUGCGACUGGCGGAAGUUCGGGCAGCCCUGUCGUGAAUCUCAAUGGAAAUGCGGUCGCGCUUCAGGCAGGGGGGCGCGUGGAUGGUGCCGCCACGGACUAUUUCUUGCCCCUCGACCGACCAUUGCGCGCGUUGCAGUGUCUCCAGCAAGGCCUGCCUAUAUCUCGAGGCACCAUCCAGACACAAUGGAUGCUGAAACCCUUUGACGAUUGCCGAAGACUUGGCCUCACCCCCAACUGGGAAUCAGCAAUGCGGAAGCAGUUUCCUACUGAGAACAGUAUGCUUGUUGCGGAGAUCGUUUUGCCUGAGGGACCUGCCGAUGGCAAGAUCCAAGAAGGAGAUGUUCUGAUCAAAGUCAAUGGAGAGCUACUAAAUUCUUUUGUCAAACUAGAUGCGAUCUUGGAUUCUAGCGUAGGUGGAAAGGUCAAUCUCCUGUUCCAACGUGGGGGAGAGGAUCACGAGGCUACGCUGGAUGUCGGGGACUUGCACGCAAUCACUCCCGAUCGAUUUGUUGCCGUGGCAGGUGGCAGUUUCCACAACUUGUCGUAUCAACAGGCGCGGUUAUAUGCAAUUGCAUGUAAAGGCCUAUACGUGGCCGAGGCUGCCGGAUCGUUCAAGCUGGAUAACGCUCUGUCUGGUUGGAUCAUUGACACGGUCGAUCAGAAGCCUACUCCCGACCUGGAUGCAUUUAUCGAGGUCAUGCGGAAUGUGCCAGACAAGUCUCGUAUUGUUAUAUCGUAUCGGCAUAUCAGGGAUCUGCACACGAGGGCAACGAGCAUCAUACUUAUCGACCGACACUGGCACCAGCGAAUGAGACUGGCUGUACGAAAUGACGAAACAGGCCUGUGGGAUUUCAGCGACCUGGGUAAAGCACUUCCCGCUAUCCCUCCCAAAGUCCGAUCGGCCGAUUUUGUCCAGCUGGACGAUCUGCCCGCAGCUGCGGACAUCGUUCGGUCCUUCGUCAAAGUAACUUGUUAUAUGCCUGUCAAGAUCGACGGCUAUCCCCAAGCGAGGAGAACUGGGUUUGGUCUCGUUAUUGACGCAGAGAAGGGUCUGGUUGUAGUGUCGAGAGCAAUCGUCCCAUACGACCUCUGCGAUAUCACCGUUACGAUUGCGGACUCGAUACAAAUUGAAGGAAAAGUCAUAUUUCUCCAUCCACUCACCAACUAUACCGUGAUUCAGUAUGACCCAAAGCUGGUCCAAGCCCCUGUUCAGAGCGCUCGCCUGGCGACCGAGAUGGUCAAGCAAGGUGCGGACACUAUAUUCGUGGGCUUCAACCAGAACCAUAGGAUAGUUGUUGCAAAGACCACUGUCACAGACAUUACAGCAGUCGGCAUACCUGCAAAUGCUGCUGCUCCUCGAUACCGCGCUGUCAAUUUGGAUGCAAUCACAGUGGAUACAGGACUAUCAUCGCAGUGCUCUUCCGGAGUGCUGAUCGGGUCGGACGGCGUGGUGCAAGCCCUGUGGCUCACCUAUAUGGGCGAGAGAGCCCAGGGUAGCCACCGAGAUACAGAGUAUCACCUCGGCCUGGCUACGAGCAUGAUAAACCCUGUUCUCGACCAAAUCCGUGCCGGCGUCAUCCCCAAACUACGAAUACUGAACAUAGAGUCAUACGUGGUCCAGAUGGCGCAAUGUAGUAUCAUGGGAGUUUCGGAUGAAUGGAUCAAGAAGGUCGCCAAAGCCAAUCCGUCGCGGCACCAGUUGUUCAUUGUCAGGAAGGUGGACUGCGGUCCAGCAAACGGUCCAACGGAUGGCCAGUUACUUCAAGAAGGGGACAUCAUUCUCACCCUCAACGACCAGCUCAUCACGCGGGUGUCUGAUUUCGACAUCAUGUAUGACAAGGAAUGGCUGGAUGCCUUGGUUGUACGCAAAGGCGAAGAGGUGCGUCUGCGUGUACCCACGGUGCCGACAGAGGACUUGGAAACGUCCCGAGCCGUGGUCUUUUGCGGAGCGGUGUUGCAGAAACCACAUCAUGCCGUACGCCAACAGAUCAGCAAACUACACUCUGAGAUCUACGUCAGUGCGAGAAGCCGGGGCUCACCGGCGUACCAGUACGGAUUGGCUCCCACUAACUUCAUAACUCAUGUCAAUGGCGUCAAGACUCCAGACCUGGAUGCAUUCGUCCGGGAGGUGAGCAAGAUUGAAGACAAUACGUAUUUCAGACUUAGGGCUAUGACAUUUGAUAAUGUGCCGUGGGUGGUGACGAUGAAGAAGAACGAGCACUACUUCCCUAUGUCUGAAUAUGUAAAAGAUUCCAGUGCACCGAGUGGGUGGAAGAUUGUCUCGCACAAGGAAGCGGGAGCCAAAGAUGACGGGGCGCCUUUGACCGCCGAAGGAAUGGACGAAGAAGGCAACGGGGAUUCUGGGGACGAGGCACCAGACAUUGAGAUGGACUAG